UACUCAUAUUCCACUAUGACGAGUCGUCAAACGGACAACCGUAGUUUGUUUGGGUCUCUGUCUUUUUUCUUGUCCAGAAAGAGAAGGAAAGAAAUAAUGUCGCGAAGCAUCUCAUACAUAACAGGCGCUCAGCUGCUCUCCCUCCAUCGCAGGCCGAACAUGGCCAUCAUUGAUGUCAGGGACGAUGAGAGGAGCUAUGAUGGGCAUAUUGCGGGAUCUCUGCACUACGCCAGCGACAAUUUCUCCGACAGGAUCUCUCAUCUCAUUCAACAAGUCAAAGGCAAAGACACCCUUGUUUUUCAUUGCGCUCUAAGCCAGGUUCGUGGCCCAACUUGUGCUCGGAGGCUUGUUAAUUAUCUUGCGGAAAUGAAAGAAGAUGCAGGAAUAAAAGAGAUUUUGGUUUUGGAGCGCGGCUUCAAUGGCUGGGAAGCAGCUGGUAAACCAGUUUGUCGAUGCACUGAUAUCCCAUGCAAGGCUGAAAGUGCUAAUUAACUAGAGCACUUCCUAGGAUGGUUGGUUAUAUCCUAUAACCAUAAACUAAACUAUAGUCAGCAUUUACACUUGCUACAGUCACUUUCGGUAUGUAACGGACAAGUCGGUGGUGCUCCAAAGUGGUCUUUUUAAUGGUCUCAAAAAUCCAAUUAUGUAUGUUUAUUGUCUUGAAAAGGUGAUAAUUGAAUGUAAGCUGAGCAGCAAUGGUGGCAUCUCUGCGGUUAGUACAAUACAUGAAAGCAUUAUGAGACAGUAAGGAAAUGCAGUUUUCUGGUAUAAACUUAUAUGAGCAAUGUGCAUAUAUUUGACAGCCCUUCAAAA